AUGCAAUUGUUCCGCGUGGAGAGGCCCCCAGGAGUUAAGGCGCCGGCGGAUCGACUUGUGCUUUUUGUUGGCGAUGGAUUGCGCGCAGACAAGGCUUUCCAGUCGCAUCCCGAACCGUUCCCUGAAACCGAAGCCGACGAGGUCCCGAGACCACUCGCGCCCUUCUUACGUUCGCGUGUGCUAGAGCAUGGCACCUUUGGCGUUUCCCAUACGAGAGUGCCCACCGAAUCCCGCCCUGGACAUGUCGCUCUGAUUGCAGGCCUUUACGAGGAUGUUUCUGCUGUUGCGACUGGCUGGAAAUUGAAUCCGGUCAACUUCGAUAGCGUCUUUAAUAGAAGUGCGCAUACAUGGAGUUGGGGUAGUCCUGAUAUUCUACCCAUGUUUCAACAUGGCGCUACUCCUGGUAGGAUAGAUGCGGACUACUAUGAUGCAGAGUUCGAGGACUUUUCCAAGGAUGCGCUUGAGCUAGAUAUUUAUGUAUUCGAUCACGUCAAGGAGGUUUUUGCUGCCGCGCAAAAGAAUAAGACCCUAAAUGAUGCUCUAAGGCAAGAGAAAGUCGUCUUCUUCUUACACCUUCUGGGAUUGGACACGACUGGUCAUUCAUAUCGACCAUACUCAAAAGAAUACCUUAGAAAUAUUAAAGUCGUCGACCAAGGCGUCAAGGAGAUUACGGAGCUAAUACAGAAGUUCUACGGUGACGACAGGACGGCCUUCGUAUUUACGGCUGACCAUGGUAUGAGCGAUUGGGGGAGUCAUGGAGACGGCCACCCGGAUAACACCAGGACCCCUCUCAUCGCAUGGGGCUCAGGCGUAGCAAAGCCGUCUGUGUAUUCAGGCACCAUUGCUCCUGGUCACGAUGAAUACUCGUCAGAUUGGAAUUUAGACCAAAUCAAGAGAAAUGACGUACAACAAGCGGAUGUUGCUGCUCUGAUGGCUUACUUGAUCGGUGUUGAGUUCCCUGCGAACUCCGUAGGGGAACUUCCACUCUCAUACCUGUCUGCAAGCAUCAAAGAAAAGGCUGAGGCAUCUCUAGUGAAUGCACAGGAGAUCCUAGAGAUGUAUAAAGUGAAAGAGAACAGCAAGAAGGCAACGGAAAUAAGAUACCGGCCUUAUAAACCCUUAAGCGAGGAGAGCGGUUCAUCCCCCGAAAGUCGAGUGUCCUCUAUUAGAAAGUUAAUCGAUAAUGGGAACUUUGAAGAGGCUAUCGAGGAGUCUGCAGCAUUGAUGAAAAUUGGACUGGAAGGAAUGCGCUAUUUGCAGACUUAUGACUGGCUAUUCUUGAGAGCUCUCAUUACCAUUGGCUAUUUUGGGUGGAUGGCGUACGCCUUGACAACUGUUUUGGAUCUACAUGUGUUGCAAGGUACCGCCCAGCCCUCGAGGAAUCUUGCUGGAGCAAUUGUCUUCUCCUCGAUCCUUGUUACACUUUACGCAUCAUUCAUCAUAUCCCACUCGCCCGUCACCUACUACGCCUAUGCAUUCUUUCCCGUAUUUUUCUGGGAAGAAGUUUACGCUCGUAGAGACAGCUUGCUUAGGGGAAGACAAGCCUUAUUUGGGCACAUCAAAUCCGGCCCCAAUAUUAUAUCUCUCUUGCUCAACGCAGUCAUUUAUGUUGGCAUCAUCGUAUCGCUGGCAUUUGGAUACAUUCAUCGCGAAAUCUUUACCGUCUUAUAUAUCAUAGGAGCAUUAUAUCCUUUGACUUCGGGGAUAUCUUUCCUCCGGAAGUAUUGGGUUCUCUCUGCUACCUGGUUUGUAUCAUGCCUGUUAAUGAGCGUUUUCACUUUACUACCAGCAAUGAAAAUCGAAAACAUACCCCUCAUCGUUAUUGGUGGUGCGUUGAUGGUUGUUGUUGGCAUUGUGUACCUGAUCUUCGAAGAUAAAUUCCUAGCGACUUCUUCGAGUCCGAGGAAAGACAGCACAUUGCAGAAGGGCAAUGAAAUUUCCCGAACUUUAAUCGGGAUCCAGGUCGGGCUUAUCAUACUCGCUAUGGUCGUAACUCGGAGCAGUGCUCUAUCACUUCAAGCAAAGCAGGGAUUACCUCGCGGAAAUCAAGCUGUGGGAUGGCUGGUGCUGGUAAUAUCUUUUUUGAUGCCUAUUGCUCAUCGACUUCAACCCAACCACCAUUAUCUUCAUAGGCUACUGGUUAUUUUUCUCACUUGCGCGCCAACUUUCGUCAUCCUCACCAUCUCUUACGAGGGUCUCUUUUACUUCGCGUUCAGCCUGUUACUAGUUACCUGGGUACGGUUGGAGCACCACACCUACGAAUUCCUAAAGUCGAAUAGAAAAGCAUCGAUAGAAGGUAAAGACGCCAACAAGACAUCAGCCGAGGCAGUAUCCAAGUUCCGACCACUGGUUCUAUCGGAUGCCCGUGUAGCCUUGUUCUUCUUCAUUCUUCUUCAGUCGGCCUUCUUCAGCACCGGAAAUAUCGCGUCUAUUUCUUCAUUUAGUUUAGACAGCGUAAAUCGACUCCUCCCAGUAUUUGACCCCUUUUCCCAGGGGGCACUUCUAAUUCUCAAAAUCAUGAUCCCAUUUGCGCUGAUAUCAGCAAACCUAGGGAUUCUCAAUAAGAGAAUCGGGGUAGCGCCAUCGGCACUUUUUAUGGUCGCAAUGGCCUUGAGUGACAUACUAACACUCUACUUCUUCUGGGUAGUGAAAGACGAGGGCUCGUGGCUUGAGAUAGGAUCAACAAUUAGUCACUUUGCCAUAGCCAGUCUUCUCUGCGUAUUCGUCGCCGCUCUAGAAGGUGUGAGUGCAUUGUUUAUCGCAGGCGUCGAGGUGAACACUUCGCACGAGGCGGCGACUACGAGCAACGGAAAGAUAGGGGAAACUCUGAUAGAGACGACGAACGGGGGGACUAAGGAACAAAAAACGGACGCUCCUAGAUGA